CCCCCCGGUGCUGCCUGCGGCUCUCGGCUGCGUUACGGGGCUUGCAACAGCUCGGUCCUCACCCGGGGACCUGAUGAGUUGCAAUGCAGCUGGGAGGAUUUCAGCCGGUUUCAGUUCCUAGUCACUUUCAGACCAUGCUAAAGACAAAGUUGAAUGUGCUAACUCUUCGGAAGGAGCCUCUCCCGACUGUGAUCUUCCACGAACCAGAAGCUAUUGAGCUGUGCACCACAACUCCGCUUAUGAAGACCCGGGCUCAUGCUGGAUGCAAGGUGACGUAUUUGGGUAAGGUUUCCACAACAGGGAUGCAAUUUUUGUCAGGCUGCACAGAGAAACCGGUCAUCGAACUAUGGAAGAAGCAUACGCUUGCCAGGGAGGAUGUUUACCCAGCGAAUGCCCUGCUGGAAAUUCGCCCUUUCCAAGUCUGGCUGCACCACCUGGACCUCAAAGGUGAGGCAACGGUCCACAUGGAUACCUUUCAGGUCGCACGCAUAGCCUACUGCACUGCUGACCACAACGUCAGCCCAAACAUCUUUGCUUGGGUGUACAGGGAGAUCAACGAUGACUUGUCCUACCAGAUGGACUGCCAUGCGGUAGAGUGUGAGAGCAAGCUGGAGGCCAAGAAGCUGGCCCAUGCCAUGAUGGAGGCCUUCAAGAAGACUUUUCACAGCAUGAAAAGCGAUGGCCGGAUCCACAGGAAUAGUUCAUCAGAGGAAGUGUCUCACGAGUUCGAGUCUGACGAUGGCUGACUGAACACGUUUACAGUUCAGCAAAGGCGGAAACGGCCAAGGGAAUGAGAGUUGAUAGAUGAAUAAGCAACAGUUGAAACUGGGGAAUGAAAAGACUGCCAAACACUUGGCUGACCAGCUUUUUAAAUCAAAAGAGCAAUUCAGUACCUAAAGAUAUGCAUCAUUAAAGUAAUUACGUUACCUUGAAAUCUGCUGCUGUUGUAAACGUGAGAAAAAGCUUCUUUUUUCUUCCCCAGUCUCUCUCACCCACUCAUCACUGACCUUUUCUCGUCUCAAUAGUUCAGGUGCAUACUACAAAGUAGAUUCAUUCCUAUUUGUCUUAUAAAAGCAGUCAGGCAAUUUUAUUAGUUGCUGCUCUGGCAUUCAUAGCUAGGGGCUGAUGCUGGUACCCAAGAGCGAGUAGGACAGGAAAGCCCUAACGAGUCCAGGAGAACCUUUCUCCACAAUGUAUCGCAAAAUCCUUUGACCCUAUGUAGGCUAAAACAGCCAUACGCAGCCUUUUAGACUAACGGCCUGGCAUUCUGCAGUUAAUUCACAUUUCACAGAUUAAAAAAAAGAAAAAAAGAUGCUUGUAUUUACACAUUAUAUCAUAUGCUAUCCUUUAUUUUAUUCAUUGUACCUAUUUCCUUAAUAUACCUGCAGCCACGUCUUUCACCCAGCACCAGUAGCUGCAGUUUCAGACUAUCUACUGCAGGAUACCAAAAAGGGGUGGGAGAAAAGCCCGUGAUGGCGAGGCAUCCAGUGAACCAGCACCGUUACCUGUGCAGUUUCAAACCCUGAUUUGCUCCGUAGGAAGUGGGCCCACUGGUAAGAAUUGAGCGAUGUCGUUCGGACGCUCGGCUCUGUCAGUAUUUGAACUGUGAUUUCUCAUCGACCUCAGGUUUGAAGUGGUAUGAGCGUGGCAGCCUCAACGCCGUGGUGCGCCGCGUUGCUGGCCGCUCGGCCCGGGCAGGGGGUGGUGGUGCCGCCUAGUCGCAAAGCCGGAGCUGCACUGCUGUAACGAUAAAAAAAAAAAAUAAAAAAAUGCUCCUUUGGAGUCAGGUUUGACCGUUUGCUCUGGUGGAAAAGCUCGUGUUAAGAUCCCUAUACCUUCCCUUGUUCGCAGAUAGAGAGUCCUGCCUUUCCUACAUGCCGAUGUUUAAUAAAACUCAAAUAAAAGGAAAAACUUGUUUCACUUGAUAUUUUUUAAGGCCAAGAGCAGAUCAACAGUUUGCAAGUAAUGCUGCUCCUUUAUACAAUUUUGUUCUUAAUCAUGGUAAUGUUAGGGGCACUAGGGCACCUUACAGAAGCCUUAAAAGAAAGCUGAUUGAAGCAGAUAACUCUCUGUCUGUGUUUUGUGGGUAUAUAUGUUUGUGUGAGAGUGUUUGUGUGAGUCCAACGUUCAAGCAUGUAGAAUAAGCAUGGAGACAUAUUGAGGAGGGCCCACACCUCUUGAAAAUAUGCUUGUUGCUUUACAAUGUAUGUAAACUAUUCUUCAGCAUAAAUGCAUUCAUAC